AUGGGUAAUGACGGUGGAAGUAUCCCGACACGCCGCGAGUUGGUCCGCGAAGCGGCCCGCGCUCCGACUACUGCGCAGAUUAAGGAAGCCCAGCGCGAGCAGCAGGAGCACGCCUGGACAACCUGUCCGCUUUCACACAAGGCCCUAGCACGUCCAGUUGUCUCCGAUAGUGUGGGGAAUCUAUACAACAAAGAUGCCGUGCUCCAAUUCCUUAUUCCCGGCGACGAUGCUGAAGGCAUCAGCUCCAAGUCGGACUGCGAGGAAGUCCUCUGCGGACGAGUCAAGUCUCUUCGCGAUGUGGUCGAGUUGCACUUCGAGAUUGACACGGAACUCAGCGAACACCCCUCAGACCGUGCGAAUUCCCACCGCCACAAACGCCGUGAAGGCUGGAUCUGUCCCAUUACUGCGAAGCCCUUGGGCCCCAGCGUGAAAUCUGUAUACCUUGUGCCAUGCGGGCAUGUAUUCGCCGAGGAGGCAAUUCGCCAGCUCAAGGGAGACAAAUGCCUGCAGUGUAACGAGUCUUAUACUGAAGAUAACAUCAUCAACAUCCUUCCCACCAAGGAAACUGAUAAGGAGCGUCUCAUUACACGUGGUGCCAAGCUGGCUGAGCAAAACCUGACGCACUCCCUCAAGAAGGCCCCCGGCUCGAAGAAGCGCAAGAAGCACGCCGCCGAGACCUCGACAGAUGUUCCCAGUGGUACUGCGGGGACUACAGGCUCUGCGCCAGCCAAAACUGCCGAAGCAUCCAAUAGCCGAAGCAACACAUCUACGCCUACUCCCAGCGCCUCUAACAACGGGAUUAAGAACGCCGCUACGGCCUCGCUGACGGCCCGUGUGCUCAACGAAGAAAAUGAGAAGAAGAAGCGGCGGAAGAUGAUGGGAAUGAAUGACAACUUGGAUAGUCUAUUUACGAAAGACAAGAAGGACAGCGCUAAGACUGGUGACUUUAUGACUCGCGGGUUCACUAUUCCCGCCUCGGCGCGGAGAUAG